ACUCGUGCUGGAAAUGGGGAUGUUUGGGAAUGCUGCUGGCUCUGCCAACAGGCUGCUCCAGAGGGGUCUGUGGGCACUGAUGCUACUGCUGUCUGUGGCCAUCUACGGCUCUCACGCCCCCCUCCUGACCCUCUGCAAGGUGGAUGGGGCCAUCCCCUUCAGCUCCACGUCCGUGGUGGUCCUCGUGGAGCUGACCAAGCUGGUGCUGUCCCUCCUGUUCCUGCUGGCAGGGGCGCGGGAGCCGCUGGGAGCGGCGCUGUCCUGGCGUCACGCCGCGCCCUUCGCCCUCUCCGCCCUGCUCUACGCUGCCAACAACAACCUGGUGGUGCACAUGCAGCUCUUCAUGGACCCCAGCACCUUCCAGGUGCUCAGUAACCUGAAGAUCGUCAGCACGGCGCUGCUCUACAGCCUCCUGCUGCGCCGGCGCCUGGGCCCACGCCGCUGGCUGGCCCUGCUGCUGCUGCUGGCCGCCGGUGUCACCUACAGCUGCGGGGGGCUGCGGGGACACGGGGACCCCGGCGGGAUGCGCCUGCACGUCACGCCCGUGGGGCUGCUGCUGCUCUCCGUGUACUGCUUCAUCUCCGGCCUCUCUGCUGUCUAUACCGAAGCCAUCCUGAAAAGCCAGGUGCUGCCCCUCAGCCUCCAGAACAUCUUCCUGUACUUCUUUGGGGUCCUGCUCAACGUGAUGGGCUCCGUAUGGAGCGGCAUGGAGGGAGGGUUCCUGGAGGGCUUCUCCCCGUGGGUGCUGCUGGUCGUGCUCAGCCAGGCUCUGAAUGGCCUCAUCAUGUCCGUGGUGAUGAAGCACAGCAGCAACAUCACCAGGCUCUUUGUUAUCUCCUGCUCCAUCCUGGUCAACGCUCUCCUCUCUGUUGCCCUCUUCAACCUGCAGCUCACCCUCCUCUUCUUCAUGGCUGUGGCAUGCAUUGGCCUGGCUGUGUACCUGUACUAUGGAGUCACAUAGUCACUGCCUUCCUCCCAUAUGUCUGGGCAGCCCCAGCCCUUCCUCAGGGCUGGAAUCAUUCCUGGUGGGUGCCUGCACAGCUCCAAGGAUCCCCUGAGGAGCAGUGCUCAGAGCAGCCUGUCUCUGCUUCCACAGGGAAACUGCACCCUGCUCCAGUCCAGCCAGGCUCUGUGUCAGGGGGUUCCUAUGGGAUCAGGUAUGCUCAGCCUUAGGGGGGGUUCUGAACCUCCUGUGCAUGUCUCAUAGCCUCAGGAUGUGCCAGGAGAGAUUCAGGUUGGACCUUAGGAGUAAUUUCCUCACAGAAGAGGUGAUUAAACAUCGUAAGGGGCUGCCCAGGAAGGUGGUGCAAUCACCAUCACUGGAGGUGUUUAAGGACUUAAUGCCGUGAUUUAGUUGACAGGGUGAUGUUGUGUUACAGGUUUGACUCGAUGAUCUCAGAGGUCUUUUCCCACCUCAGUGAUUCUGGGACUCUGUCCCAUGUCCUCAAGCUGCUUCCCCAUACCACAGUGGCCUGGGAAUGCUCUGGCAGUAAUUGGCCCUGCUGCACUUCCUGCCAGCCCAGCAUGGGACUGGUGCUGUUUCAGUUCCCAUGGAUGCUUGAUCCCUGCCCUUCCUGGUGCUGCUUCCCUUGGCCUCUCUCACCUCCACGGUUUUCCAGCCUAGCCCCUGCUGGAGCCCUGCUGUCCUCAGGGCCCAUUUCCCAUUUCUGGGAACAGUGUCU